GUGUGCGAGGCGGGUGUGUGUUGGGUGUGUGUGUGGGGGUGUGUGUGUGUGUGUGUGCGCGUGUGCGCGCAGAGAGGCUCCUGCCCUGCCAGGGCACAUCUGGGCUCCGCGAAGCUGCAGGGAGGAGAGAGCUGGAGCUGCGGGCUGCUCACAGCCGAGGCUGCUCCGCCGGGGAGGGGGGUGGUUCUCUGUGUGUGUGUGUGUGUCUCACACGCACACGCUCGGCAGCCCGGGAGCCGCAGGCGCCUCCUCCCCGCCGCAUUAAAACGAGCCAAGUUUCCCCGCCGCGGGCAGUGGCACGUCGGGUCCGAGCGGUGCUGCGGCCCGGGGGAUGCACCUGAACGCUACGGCCCCGGCCGUGCCGGGCGGCCCCCCACACCUCCAUCCCGCCGGCUAUGCCAACGCCUCCAACCGCUCCGACCUGCUUCCCAAAGCACCCGACGAGGAGGACCUGGACGUCAACACCGACAUUUACUCCAAAGUGAUGGUGACCGUCAUCUACUUGGCUCUUUUCUUGGUGGGCACCGUGGGUAACUCCAUCACGGCGUACACGCUGGUGCGCAAGAAGUCGCUGCAGAACCUGCAAAGCACCGUGCACUACCACCUGGCCAGCCUCGCCUUCUCCGACCUCCUCAUCUUCCUCCUCUGCAUGCCCAUCGAGCUCUACAACUUCAUCUGGGUUCAUCACCCCUGGGCUUUCGGGGGGGCCGUCUGCAAGGGCUACUACUUCCUCCGGGACGCCUGCACCUACGCCACGGCGCUCAACAUCGCCAGCCUCAGCGUGGAGCGCUACAUGGCCAUCUGCCACCCCUUCAAAGCCAAGAGCAUCAUGUCCCGGAGCCGCACCAAGAAGUUCAUCAGCUGCAUCUGGAUCGCCUCCUUCCUCCUCGCCAUCCCCAUGAUCUUCACCAUGGGGGAGAUCUACGGCAAGGACCAGGAUCCCGACUCCCUCAUCUGUACCACCAUCGUGGACGCCUCCACGCUGAAGACGGUCAUCCAGGUCAACACUUUCAUCUCCUUCGUGUUCCCCAUGGUCGUCAUUUCGGUGCUCAACACCAUCAUCGCCAACCAGCUCAUGGUCAUGUUCAAGCAAGCAGCCCAGGAGAACCAGGUCUGCACCAUUGGUGGGCAGCAGACGAUGCUCAGCAUGUCCAUGGAGCCCAGCCGCGUUCAAGCCUUGAAGCACGGCGUCAGGGUUCUGCGUGCUGUGGUGAUUGCCUUCGUGGUCUGCUGGCUCCCGUAUCACAUACGGCGUCUCAUGUUUUGCUAUGUCCCCUCCAGUCACUGGACAGACUUCCUUUUCAACUUCUACCACUACUUCUACAUGCUGACAAAUGUCCUUUUCUACGUCAGUUCAGCAAUCAACCCCAUCCUCUACAACCUGGUGUCUGCAAACUUCCGACAGAUCUUCCUCUCUACACUCACACUCCUGUGCCUGCCCUGGAGGAAGAAGAAGAAACGAUUGGCCUUCACCAGGAAAUCCAACAGCAUCUCCAGCAACCACACGUUUUCCAGCCAAGUCACAAGGGAAACUACAUACUGAAGCCAAAGGAGGAAGGGAAAUGCAUUUAAUUGUGGAGUCAAAACUUGAGAGAGGCCUCUGUGACUUUCAUGCAUGGUCUCCAAAUUCACAUAACACGAGUGCAUUUAGCAAAGUCAUUUUUGUUGGAAAAAUAGGCUUUGUGCUGCCAGUAACUUUGAGGUUAUUUUAAAGCAUUGGCCUUGCCUCUUGUGAGUAAUGUCUACACAUUUUGUAACUUCAGUCUGGCAUAAAUCCAGGUGCAGUGUUAACUGGGAAGCCAAAAUAUGCUAAACUUAGGCAAAAUCAUACUGCAUUUCAUCCUUUUCUCAGUGCAGAGAUGCCAUGUUCACAUCCAAGGGUUUGUGAUCACGUCUCUUGGCGGCACCAAGCAGAGUCUGAUGAGGAGAAAGCAGGUUUGAUCAGAAGGGAUGUUUUUGGAGAAUGGACAUACUCAUCUAUGGGAUGUUCAAUGAACAAGGAGUGAAAACUCAGGGAGCCAGGUGGUUAUUUUAGAAAUAUAGCUAAAUUAUUAUUAAUAUGACCUAGGUGCUCAAGAGAGCCACUCUGGCUCCUUGAAAUUAAAUACCAACAGAUGAUGCCUUACCUAGAUUGGGGUGGGUAUGGCCUGGAGAAAUGAGGAGUCAUCUUUUACUUUAGGGCGUAUAUAGUGCCUGGCACGGUGAACUCCCUCUCUCACUGGUAUUGGUACUUAAACACCAAUAAAUAUCUAAGUCUCUGGCAAAGAAUGCAGAAACUGUGCCCAGCUGGAAUGCUGAAAAUGAGCAGAAAUGGAAAAUCUUACUGUUGCCAUACAGCCGAAUCCUAUUUUUUCAGCAGGGAGAACAGUUAGCUGACCUGCAUUAAGAGGUGAGAAAACUCCAGGCUCAUGAGGCUUCCAGGCUGCUGAGAUAAGAGCAACUUGCCCCAAUUCUGUGGGACCUCCCAAUCUUUCCCAUUCUUAUUCCGGUUUUACUUGUUUCCUCAGCAUUUUCACAAGGCUGAUGUCUCAUAUGUUAUAGCAGUUGUAGGCAGCAGGGCCUCCUGUUCUACCUUUUGUUUCUUUUUGCUACUGGACCUGUUGGCACCUUGUUCUGCACAUACAAAUCUGCAGAUAGUGCAAAUGAAGAACACAAGAAGUUCUGAUCUGGGAGUCUUAGCUCUAAAACAACUUUCUUUUAGCAAGCCAGAAGAAAAAAAAAAAAAAUAGAUAACAGAUCUGAAAAUUCUCUUUGAAAUUUCUCAGCCGGCCAAGAUAUGUAGCAUGAGCUUUUCUCCCAUACGGUUUCCCAUCUAACAGCCUGGUAUGUGAUGCAGCAAAUUGCUCCAGAGCCUUUAGCACCAGAGAUCACAGGCCUCUGGGACAAGCUGAAGGGCUGUCCCCACUGUCACAAAACCAGAUGGUGACUUGCAUGAACCUGGAACCAGCAAAUGAUCCUGCACAACCUCUGCUGUGAUUUUGCUGGUGGUGACCUUAUGUCCCCUCUCACAUCACACUUCACUAGGAGAGCAGCACUUGCCUCUUUAUGAUGAGAAACUAAAAGAGCCACUUGGCUCAUUUCAGCUUUCUGGGCUUUCCCCAUAACCCGUCACUUUUCAACUAAUGAGAACCCUUGGUAUGUGACAGGAGUCUCAAUGCUGGAGAUGUGGAUCUGGCCCAGGUGAACCAUCACAUAAUGAUGGAGACCAGUUACUGAUCCACUGGGUACCAGUGACUUCUGCUACAGACCUGGUUACCAUCAGCCAUUACCUCCAACAACACCUACCAAGGAUGGGAAAUUAUUUUAAUGCCUAGUACAGAACCACUCCAAAAGAAAGGGCUCAAAAAUAGAAAUCAGUGGGGCUUUAGUUUCUCCUGAUUCAGCCAAACUGCAAGCUCUGUCCUGUCAUGCCUUCUUUUAAUUUCUUGCCCUGGUUGUACCAAACAGAGGGUAGAGAUUAUAUUUAACAAAGCACUUUCAUUGCUCAUGAACAGUUGACUCCUCUUUGGCAGGAAAAACAGGUAAUGGAAAAAAAAAAAAAAUAAGAGAGAAAGAGGGACUGGUCUCUUUAGAAGGAAAUCUGUGAGGAAUCAGCAAAUGUUACUUGAGUGUGUGUGUUGGAAGUGGUUUGGGCAGAUUGGAAAAAGAAGCUCUAGAAGACCUGGACAUACUGCCCUGUGGGAAAGUCCAGGUAUGAUGAGCAGAGGAAGAGGAGUAUUAAUAUCACACACUUAACAUUGGCCUUCCAGGCAAGAUAAUUCCAGUGUUUCUGGAGUGGACUCAAAUUUUUUAACUUCACUUCUAAAUAGAGCCAACAGCUGGGAGGUGGUUUCUGAAACCUCCCACAGAAGCUGUAACUGUGUGUUGCUUUGACUUUCAUUAGGAUUUAACAUCCUGCGUGUCCAGUUGCUCUUGAAAUGUUAAACAUUAUUAAUAUACUUGUUCAACACCAACCUGCUGAAAUGUGCUUGAUUAUCUUAGAAAACACUGUACAAAAAAUUGUUUCACAUAAGAUGCUUGGCUUAGAUUUUCAUUACUGACAUACGCUGGCAACUUAGAGAAUAUUUGAUCACAGCUCAGAGAAACUGGUAGGUUUAUUUUUGGUUUGACAUGAAAAUGGGAACAAGCUGGAGAGAAAACAAACUUAUCAUAAACUCUUUCCACAACAUUUGUUGGGCCACUCGAGUCCUGAAGAGCUGAUUGUGUGUGGGGAUUUAUCCAAGUGGUUUGCUGGCAUCCACAGCUCUGUUCCUGUAGUUUAACAUGGGAGCAGACCUGAGUCUAUGGCCUUAAUCUGAGAUUGCAGCUCAAAGCUACCUCUUCCACUGAACAAAUCUGACUACCUUGAGCUGAGAAGUGUAGGUUACAGCUGGCUUCAUCAUCUCCCCACUCCUCACCUAGUUUUGCUAUGUUCAACCUAGAGAUUUAGUUCCCUUGAGCUCGAAGAAGUGAGGAUAACUCACUGCAACAGCUCACGAUUUUAUAAAGGAAAGUGUGAUACCAUAGAGAAGAAAAAGGUACAAACUGCCCAGCACAUAAUAGAACAAUGGUUCUUUGCAUGCCUUUUAACAACGGUUGAACUACUAACCCAACAAGGUUUAGCUUUAAACCUAGUCGAGCAUAAGUAGCUAUUGCCAGCAAGCGAAACUCAUCCUCCCAUGCUUUGUAUUCCAGUCUUGUUGGAAUUCUCAGCUGGGGCAGGGAGGCGAGUGUUGGUGCGGCACGCUCUUAAUCUAUGCAAAUUUCCUAUAAGUGUUUUGAACUAUUUGUUUCGACUAACAAAAAAAAAAUCUGUUGAACCCACAGAUGUGAAGUGCUGCCAGAUGGAUUCUGAGAAAUUCCCAUCUGAAGGGAGUUGAUCAAGCAACCUCUUCAAAUAUUAUUUUGAGGUUUUGUUUCUCUUCACAGUGUUCUUGUCAGGGCCACCCAUUUGGCAGCAUGCGAAAUCGGAUUUCAAAGUCCUAAUGCUAUUCAGAAAUUUCCCCCAGACAGAACUUUCUCACCAAAGCCCAGUACAUAUCAGUGUUUGAAUGCUCUACUGAGCUUGUCUUUUUUUUUCAUUUUGUAAAGUGCAUGAGCCCUCGCUUCAGUUACUGCGCCUGUAAAAGAGAAAACUAAAUGGAAAAGUCAGUGAGGCGGGUUAGUCAAACACGUGCUGUAGUGGUAGCAGGACCUUUGCAUUUAUAGCAUCAAACAUUCAGCGAAAUGCAGACCCAGGGUGCGCUGUUGCUGCAAACAGCUCACUUUGUAGUUUGAACCCGUAUUCUGUGUGUCUGUCGUCAUGACCUGCCCUGGGGAGGGACAGACAUCCAGAUGGCAUGAGAGCGCUGGAGCUUCCCCGUGCAAUGCCUUGAGUGUCAGUCUGGUACCUUCCUGGUUGUGGUGUUUGGUAGCUGUUUAAACAAAGCUGUGUCUGCUAGAAUGUCUGUUUCUUAACAUUCCAGCUCAACAAGUUCUUCUAUUCUCAGUCCAGAUGCGUUUAGUGGAAAACAGAAAUUGCUACUUAAAAAUUUCAUGAUGCUGUGUCCUGGCUUUGUGAUCAAGAGUCCUUCCCUAGCCACGCCGCCUGAUAGUCCUGCAUAUAGUGUAUUUAUGACAAAUAUUUUUUGAAGUGCACCUUCUUUUUAAUUUUUUUUUUCUGAAAUACAAAAUAUUGAUGUGCUUUAUUUUCUGUGGCCUGUUGCUCAAUGGGAAAACAAACCUGAAUGUUAAAAGUGCGUUGUCUCCUUUGUAAUAUUUUCUGUGACAAAGGGAAGGAAGAGGGUGUAAAAUCCUUUUGUGUAGCAAUGGGAAACACUCUUUCAAUGUAACAUGCUAUUAUUGAUACUGUAUUUACUGAACAAACUGUAAUGAAAUGGUUGCUUCCUGAUAUAGCCUUUGUACUAUAUGGUAUUUUAUUUUAUUUUGUCAUUUAUUUAUCCUAAGAAAUAAAUAUCCGAAUUUAA